AUGGCUGUGCUGGCUUUCCCGAGCCAUCGGGUCUCCCGCAGCAUGGUGAACGCGCCUCCUCCGAGGAUGGUGGUCCGGCUGAAGCCGGACUUCAGUGACGAGGCGAAGGCGAUGCUGGCCGUGCAUCGGCCGCACAAGGGUGCCACGACGGACGCCGUGGCGCGGCGCCUCAUUGCAGGUGCCCUGGACGGAGACACCGUCAUCACCAAGGAUCAGCUUCGGCAGAUCCGGGCCAAGAAGCUGCCAUCAGCCGCAGAUUCAGGCCAUUAUGGGGCCCUUUUUUCAGAUCCGUAG